AUGUACUUCCCCCCCGAGUCUCGCUUCCCCGGGGACAUCUCUCCUUACCCUGAAGAAACUGGUGACCCCUGGCAGGCCGCCCACCAUCACCACCACCUCCCGCACCAUGCCCUCCACCACGCCCAUCUCUCGCCCCCCACGCCUGUCUCCUCCACCUCGCCCUCCACCUCCACCCUUCAGGACUUCAGCCACCCCCACCCCCACCUACUCCAUCCACCUCUCCCCCUCCCCCUCCACACCUUCGUCUAUGUUUUCCACCACUCCCCACGUUCCUCUCCCCUCCUCGUCCCCUCUGCCAGGAGGGGAGACGCGCCCCCCACUGCACGGCCAGCCCUCCCUGCCCCCCAGCCCCAGGAGGAGCCCGCAUCCCAGCCAGACUCCACACAGCCCAAGAGUUCAGACGAGGAGGAGCGAGGGGGAGGCCUGGGGGCGGACGGGGAGGAGGGGGACGAGGAAGUGGAGGAGGAAAAUGGCGCCAAGAAGAGAAAGAGGCGGAUUCUGUUCAGCAAGACACAGACGUUUGAGCUGGAGAGACGCUUCCGCCAGCAGCGCUACCUGUCGGCACCUGAGCGGGAACACCUGGCUGCGCUAAUUAACCUCACACCCACGCAGGUGAAGAUCUGGUUCCAGAAUCACCGCUACAAGACCAAGAAGCAGCGGGCGGACCGGGGCGUGGGCGUGGCCAUGGGCGGGGGCGUGGGCGGGGGGAUGGACCUAACACCCAUUCCCUCCCCCCGCCGCGUGCCCAUUAAGAUGCUGGUGAGUGACGGGAAGCCAGUCUCACAGCAGCACUCCCAGUACCAGCACUCCAGCACCCCUUACUCCCCCCUCUCUUUGAUAUGGGGCAGUAUUUCCAGUCCCCCCAUGUCACCCCGCAUGUCCGCAGCCUCGCCCAGUCAACAGCCACCACCCACACCUACUCGCCUAUCACCCAGAUGUCGUUCAAUACUUCCAACUUCCAUCAAGAUUACGGAGUGGGUCAUGGGUUACCCGCGGCAGCUCAGCCAAGCACACCAAUGCACUACACGCAGGCGGAGGAGCACAGUCUGUCCACCUCGCCGCAGUUUCCGCCAGGGUUCACUUAUCAUUCCCAAACAUAAGGUGGAAUUCUGAAAAAAAAACGUCCCUGCCGCUGCAUCUCCUCCGUCUCAUCCGCUGCUUUCCCAAGGCUCGAGUUGAGGUGACGUGGGUCUUCAAGGGUGUUUUUGAGGUUCAAAAUGUUAUAAUUGCGGUUCAAAAUGCUCUAAUUGUUUUUUUUAGGUGUGGUUUUUACGGUUCCGAAAGGUUUAUUUAAAGUGUUAUGGCAUUAAAAAGGGUGUUCUUACGGCUCUAGUAACAGAUUAACAAGUUUUUUAUAUUAUUAACUGGAGAUACACUCUUUAAAACCCAGCUAGUCAUCUCAGCGGCCUUUGAAAACAGUUGCGGUGAAAAUAUGCGAGUUUUUAAGGAUGUCUUUUACAGUUCAAGUGACAAAUUAACAAGCUUUCUACCAUUUUAACGGGACACUCUUCAGAACCCAGCUAGUCAUCUCAGCGGCCUUUGAAAACAGUUGCGGUGAAAAUAUGCGGGUUUUUAAGGAUGUCUUUUACAGUUCAAGUGACAAAUUAACAAGCUUUCUACCAUUUUAACGGGACACUCUUCAGAACCCAGCUAGUCAUCUCAGCGGCCUUUGAAAACAGUUGCGGUGAAAAUAUGCGGGUUUUUAAGGAUGUCUUUUACAGUUCAAGUGACAAAUUAACAAGCUUUCUACCAUUUUAACGGGACAAACACUCUUGAGAACCCGGCCAGUUAUCUCAGCGACCUUGGAAAAUAGAUGUGGUGAAAGAGCGAAGCGUUUCAGAACACGAGUCCCAGUCCCACAGUCAUUAUCCUGCUUCCCCUCCGUCGCCUGUGGUUGGUGUGUCUUCUGGGAAGGUUCGGGGGACACUAGUAGGGUAUAAGGAUGCCUCUGGGAGCUGUGGGGACCGUGGGAUUGCACAGAAAACGGGAAGAGGUGGAGAAAAUGUGCGUUUUGGUGAGUUAUUGGAGUUUCCCUUUGAAUGUUUCCGUUUUCUUUCGUUUUCUUUGGUGCAAUGUAAACAAAUGAGGUAGUGUGGGUAAAGAGAGAGAGAGAGAGAGAGAGAGAGAGAGAGAGAGAGAGAGAGAGAGAGAGAGAGAGAGAGAGAGAGAGAGAGAGAGAGAGAUACACUUCGAUAGUCAGGGAGAGAUGGAAGAAGACAGAGAGAGGGUUGUCCUCUUCCUCCUCCUCCUCCUCACGCUUUUCGUCUCUCUCUCUCUCUCUCUCUCUCUCUCUCUCUCUCUCUCUCUCUCUCUCUCUCUCUCUCUCUUUCUCUCUUGUACAGCCUCUACAGAGAGAGAGAGAGAGAGAGAGAGAGAGAGAGAGAGAGAGAGAGAGAGAGAGAGAGAGUAGGGGGGUUAUAUCCACAAAAAAGUGAGUCAGUUUGUGUGAAAAUGAGCAAGGUUUGUUGUGUUCAUCCGCCUCUAUCUUUAUUUUCUCUCUUUUCUUUCCUCUUUUUUUCAUUUCCGUAUCGCAUUUUCGUUUCCUUUCUAUCUUUCUUUGUUUUUACCUUUUUCUGCAUUUUUUUCUUCUUGUCUCUUUUUUUAUCGCUGAAUUUCUUUUUAUCUUUCUUUUUUCUUUUUUUUUUAAUAUUCAUGUCCAGGAAUUUUUUUUUUUUUUGUAAGAAUUUCGUUUUUUUUUUCGAGUUUGUCAUUUUCUAUACCCUUUCGUCUUAGUUUAGAGAAUAAGUUAUAUCUUUUUCUCUUAUCUCCUUUUUCCUCCUCCGUGGUAGUGGUGGAGGAGGUGGAGGAGGAGGAGGAGGAGGAGGAGGAGGAGGAGGAGGAGGAGGAGGAGGAGGAGGAGUGAAGGAAGAAUUAACACUAAGAGAAACAUUUUGUGUAUAUAUUUUUCUUCCCCCAAACUCAGAGCAAAAUAAAUGUUGAUGUUUUGGAAA